AGGUGCAACUGUGGGAUUGCCACCAGGUGUGCAGGCCGCUCCAAGCCCAGCCUGCCCUGCUGCCACCACCAUGACACUCCUCCCUGGCCUCCUGUUUCUGAUCUGGUUGCAUGCAUGCUUGGCCCACCAUGACCCCUUCCUCAGGGGGCAUCCCCACACUCAUGGGACCCCACGCUGCUACUCAGCUGAGGAACUGCCCCUCGGCCAGGCCCCCCCCACACCGGCUGGCUCGAGGUGCCAAGUGGGGGCAGGCUUUGCCUGUAGCCCUGGUGUCCAGCCUGGAGGCAGCAAGCCACAGGAGGAGGCAUGCGAGGCCCUCAGCUGCGACCCAGUGCCCAGUGCUGCGGCCAGAGGAGGUGUUGGAGGCAGACACCCACCAGCGCUCCAUCUCACCCUGGAGAUACCGUGUGGACACAGACGAGGACCGCUAUCCACAAAAGCUGGCCUUCGCCGAGUGCCUGUGCAGAGGCUGCAUCGACCCACGGACCGGCCGCGAGACAGCUGCGCUCAACUCCGUGCGGCUGCUCCAGAGCCUGCUGGUGUUGCGCCGCCGGCCCUGCUCCCGCGACGACUCGGGACUCCCCACACCCGGAGCCUUCGCCUUCCACACCGAGUUCAUUCGCGUGCCUGUCGGCUGCACCUGCGUGCUGCCCCGGUCAGUGUGACCGCCGAGGCCGUGGAGCCCCUAGACUAGACACAUGGGCUCCCCAGAGGGCACCCCCUAUUUAUGUGUAUUUAUUGUUAUUUAUAUGCCUACCCCAACACUACCCUUGGGGUCCAGGCAUCCCCCGUGACUGGAGGACAGCCCCCCACUGUUCUCCCCACCUCCAGCCUCAGUAGUUGGGGGUAGAAGGAGCUCAGCACCUCUUCCAGCCCUUAAAGCCACAGAAAAGGCGUCACACAGCCACCUGUACCUUGGCUCCCCGCCCCGCUCCCGGCUUCCCUCACCCUAUCACUGACCUCAGGCCCCCCAGGCUCCAACCUCCUUGGAAGUACCCCUGUUUCUUAAACAAUUAUUUUAGUGUACGUUUGUUAUUAAACUGAUGAACACAUCCCC